AUGGCGUCUGGAGAAGGGAGGCGUCACCAUCAUAAUCUGGUGCCGCUGGCUGCACUGAUCAGUAGAGAGCUGAAGAGUGAGAAGAUGGAGAAGCCUACUGUCAGAUAUGGGCAUGCAGCUCAAUCCAGGAAAGGGGAGGAUUAUUUUCUGAUCAAGACUGAUGGUCAGCGAGUCCCUGGAAAUUCUUCAUCAGCAUUUUCUGCAUUUGCGAUCUUUGAUGGGCACAAUGGAAAUGCAGCAGCAGUAUAUACAAGGGAGAAUUUGUUAAAACAUGUAUUGGGUGCUAUUCCCCGUGGGCUAGGAAGGGAGGAGUGGCUCCAAGCUUUACCUCGGGCCUUGGUUGCUGGGUUUGUAAAGACUGAUAAGGAUUUCCAGAGUAGAGGAGAAACUUCUGGUACAACAGCUACCUUUGUAAUAGUUGAUGGAUGGACUGUAACAGUGGCAUCGGUAGGAGACUCCCGUUGUAUCUUAGAUACUCAGGGUGGUGCUGUUUCCACCUUAACUGUUGAUCAUAGACUUGAAGAGAAUGUAGAGGAGAGGGAGCGUGUUGCUGCAAGUGGUGGGGAAGUUGGAAGGUUGAGCAUUAUUGGCGGUGCAGAGAUUGGUCCCCUUCGUUGUUGGCCAGGGGGUUUAUGCCUUUCUAGGUCAAUUGGAGACAUGGACGUUGGGGAGUUUAUAGUUCCAAUACCAUAUGUGAAACAAGUCAAGCUAUCAAAUGCUGGUGGGAGGCUUAUAAUUGCUUCUGAUGGCAUCUGGGAUGCUCUAUCCUCCGAAAUGGCAGCACAAUCUUGCCGUGGGUUGCCUGCUGAACUUGCUGCAAGACAAGUUGUGAAGGAAGCCUUAAGGUCAAGGGGUCUAAAGGAUGAUACAACCUGCAUUGUGGUUGACAUAAUUCCUCCUGAUCAUUCAGUACAGCCUUCAACUCCACCCAAAAAGCAGAACAAGCUGAGGACGCUGUUUUUCAGGAAGAAGUCACGCGAUUCUGCUAAUAAACUAUCCAAGAAGCUAUCAGCUGUGGGUAUUGUGGAGGAAUUAUUCGAAGAAGGGUCUGCCAUGCUGGCUGAAAGGCUGGGCAGUGAUGAGUGCACAGCACAAUCAACAACAUCUGGGCUGUUUAUGUGUGCUGUAUGCCAAGUUGACCUUGCACCGAGUGAGGGCAUAUCUGUUCAUGCUGGCUCUAUCUUCUCCACCAGUUCAAAGCCUUGGCAAGGGCCUUUCCUUUGUUCUGAUUGUUGUAACAAGAAGGACGCCAUGGAAGGAAAACGCCCUAGCGGAGUCAAAGUAGCGUAA